AUGCCCACCAUUCUCCCCCCCUGGCCCAACCUAAUCUUCGGCAUCAUCGAGCCCAUCUCACUCAUCGCCGGAGCCCUAAGCCCCCUCAUCAACCUCCCCGCCUUCAUCACCGACCAAAUCCCCCAUCCCCAAUCCUUUCCUCUUCCCAUCCAACCCCAAACCAUCUCCCUAGCCUACCAGCUCGGCAACCUGUACGGCCUGCUCGCCCUGCUGGGGGUGGGGAUCCUGCGCACCACGACGGAACCCCCGGUCAUCCGGCAGUACCUGCUGGCGCUGCUGGCGGCGGACGUGGGCCACAUCGCCGCCACGGGGUGGGGGAUGGGGUGGGAGCGGUUCUGCGAUGUGCGCGGCUGGAACGCCCUGACCUGGGGCAAUGUGGCGGUUACGGCGUUCCUGGGGGUGAAUCGCGUCUUGUUUCUGGGCGGGUGGUUGGGGGAGUGUCGUCAACCACAACCACCAGUUGGAAAAACUGGGAUCAGAGAAAAGAAGAACCGUGGUGGGAAGGUUGCUUGA